AUGUUGAGCACGACGUCGUUGUUCGGCAAUGAAGUCUCUGCCACCACCACCGGUUGCCACCUGAAUACACAAUACUGUAUCACCUUCGUCAGAAGCAUCCUCACCUUCUAA